AUGCGGGCUCGGUUUCUAUGGGGCGCAUCCCGGUACCUCUGGUCCGGCGGAGCUCCUGGCCUGGUCUCCAGGCCCCUGAGCUGCCUGAGUCCACAUCUGGAGGAGCUGUUUGCCCGCGGCGGGCCCUUGCGCACCUUCCUCGAGCACCAGGCAGGAUCUGAAGCGAAGGUGCAGGCCAGGAGGCCCGGCCUGGCGGCGGUAGCCAAACUAUUGCUCGAGAAGGAGCGUGAGUUGCGGGAGACCGAGUGCUUGCUACAUGAUGAGAAUGAAGACCUAAGGAAACUUGCAGAGAAUGAAAUAACUUUGUGUCAAAAAGAAAUAACUCAAUUGAAACAUCAGAUUAUCUCCCUCUUGGUUCCCUCAGAAGAAACAGAUGAGAAUGAUUUGAUUCUGGAGGUAACUGCAGGAGUCGGGGGUCAGGAGGCAAUGCUGUUUACUUCAGAGAUGUUUGAGAUGUAUCAGCAAUAUGCUGCAUUUAAAAGGUGGCAUUUUGAACCUCUGGAAUAUUUUCCAAGUGAAAUAGGUGGCCUGAGACAUGCAUCGGCCAGCAUAGGGGGUACAGCAGCUUAUAAACACAUGAAAUUUGAAGGAGGUGUGCACAGGGUGCAGAGAGUGCCAGCAACAGAAAGGCAGGGCCGCAUCCACACAAGCACCAUGACUGUAGCCAUAUUACCCCAGCCUGCCAAGAUUAACCUGGUGAUUAAUCCUAAAGAUCUGAGAAUUGAUACUAAGCGAGCCAGUGGAGCUGGGGGCCAGCAUGUAAAUACCACGGACAGUGCAGUCCGGAUUGUUCACCUUCCAACAGGUGUUGUUUCUGAAUGCCAGCAAGAGAGAUCACAACUGAAAAACAGAGAGAUGGCUAUGAAAAAGUUGCAUGCAAAACUGUACAGCAUGCGUCUAGAAGAAGAAACAAGCAAAAGAUCCAGUGCUAGGAAGAUUCAGAUUGGAACUAAAGGAAGGUCAGAGAAAAUAAGGACAUACAAUUUUCCACAGAACCGGGUCACAGAUCACAGAAUAAACAAGUCCCUGCACAAUCUGGAGAUGUUUAUGCAAGGAGAGCAUCUGCUGGAUGAACUGGUGCAGUCCCUGAAGGAAUAUGCUGACUAUGAGUCCUUAGUAGAGGUUAUUUCCAGGAAAGGGAAAGAAAUGACUGUCUCCCCACCCCCACCGAAAAAUCUCAGCAAGACGCACAACAUCCGGUCUCCUGCCACAGUAGUGGCUGCCCCUGCCGCCUCGCGCCCUCCAGCGCAGGCUGACCCCAAACCCGCCUACCGCUGCUCAGGUCGCCGAAGAGAACCGCGGGGUACCCCAGUGCGCAGGCGCCAAACCGCCAACUCUGUGGCCACGCCCAUCGGGGGGCGGCUGCGCAGACGCAUUGGGCAGAGAUGGGGCGAAAUUACGAGAGAGCGAGAAGCGCGCGGGUAA